AUGAUUUUUCCUAACUCUAUGGAAGCUUGGAUUAAAGCUUCUUAUGUUGUUUUUGCAUUUUUCUCUGCUUUAGUCCUUGGUGCCAUAAAAGGCUUUAUAGUGGGUCCUGUUGCUGCUCUUAUACUGAUUAUAGGAAAUAUUGGUGUGAUUUUGGGGUUGUUUCCUGCACACGUGGCUUGGACUGUUUAUACCCUUAUCAAGAUUCAAAUGUUUGAUGCAGCUUUGAAAGUUGCCGUUUUGAUUGGUUUGCCUGUUUUGUUUGGGUUGUGGUUGGGUUUAGGUAUAGUUGGUAGUGUUCUUGUUGCUAUUGGGUAUGGCUUUUUUACUCCUUGGGUUUCAACUUUUGAGGCCUUUAGAUAUGACAAUGAGUCAAAGAAGUUCAUGCAUUGUAUUGUGGAUGGAACCUUGGGAACUAUAAAAGGCAGUUGCACUGUGGUUAGAGAUUUUGCAGAUUUAUGUUACCAUUCAUAUCCAUGUUACUUGAAAGAACUACGCGAAUCACCUUGUUCAGAUGAGUGUAAGACACUAAGGUUAAUUCAUGUUCCUGGAUUUGUCAUUGUAGGGAUAGUGGGAAUAAUUGUCGAGGUUCCUCUUUUCACUGCAAUUGCAAUAGCUAAGAGUCCCUACCUAUUAUUCAAGGGAUGGUACAGACUUCUGCAUGAUUUAAUUAGCAGAGAAGGUCCAUUCCUUGAAACCGUUUGUGUUCCGAUUGCUGGUUUGACAAUAUUUGUGUGGCCUCUUGUUGUCAUUGCAAGCAUUUUACUCGCUAUUUUCUCUAGCAUUUUUGUUGGACUAUAUGCCUCCAUUAUAGUAUAUCAGGAAAGAUCUUUUCGUCGAGGUUUAGCGUUUACAUUGGCAAUGGUUGCUGAGUUUGAUGAAUACACAAAUGAUUGGCUCUAUCUUAGAGAGGGGACAUUCUUUCCAAAGCCCCAAUAUCGAAAGAAAAUGGUUUCUCAAUCAUCCGAGUUUUCUACUCGAGGAAAUAGUGUAUCAGGUAACAGAUCAAAUACUACCACGGAACCGCCUGCAAUGUUUAUGCCAAGCUUAGCUCCGUCGAGAUCAGUUAGAGAGACCAUUCAAGAAGUUAAAAUGGUGCAGGUUUGGGGAGAUAUGAUGAGGUUAUGUGAGAUAAGAGGCAAAGAGUUAUUGGAUGCUAAUGUACUCACAACCGCUGAUCUUUACGAAUGGUUAAGAGGAAAGAAUAUUAACGAAGCCGCCAUAGUUGGAGUUGGAUUGCCUAGUUAUUCACUUUUACAGACACUUCUCUUUUCCAUCAAAGCCAACUCAAACGGUGUAUUGCUACUCGACGAUUUUGAGAUAACUCAUUUCAACAGACCAAAAGACAAGUUGUUGGAUUGGUUCUUCAAUCCGAUAAUGGUUUUGAAGGAACAGAUAAGGGUCAUCAAAUUAAUGGAAAGUGAAGUGAGAUACUUGGAAAAACUCGUUCUUUUCGGAGUUAAUAAACAAAGGUUCGAGGCUUGGGAUAAUGGCAGCUUAUUGGUUCCUGAUAGUCUUAGAGCUGCUCAAAUCGAAGGAAUUUCAAGAAGGAUGAUUGGAAUGAUAAGAGGUGCAUCAAAGCUUCCAACAUACAGAAGGAAGUUUCGGCAGGUUGUUAAGGCGCUUUUCGCGCAUUCAUUGGAAAAAGAUGCUUCAGAAAAGGCUUUAGUUACUCAUUCUUUGGGUGUAGAUGUUUCUGAAAAGUCUUUAGUGACUCGUUAUUUGGAAAAAGAUCCUUCAGGAAGAUCAAGUAGUAGGUCUAUAGUAUCAGUUCCAUCAGAUGAGAAUGUUUAA